CGCGGUCCGCGCCUUUGUGCCCGGCGCGCGCUCUCCGCCCGCUCCGGCUGCAUCGCCGGCUGCAUCAAUAAUUCAGAGCGGCGGCGGCGGCGGGAGCGGCCGGUGCGGGCAGGAGGCGGCGGAAGCAGCGGGGAUCAAGCGGCAGCGGCUAUGCAUCCAAGUGCGGCUGGGCAGCCGCGGUACCCCUGAGGCCCGGGCAGGGCUCCGGGAAGCAUCGCACGGGGGGCACGCUUGCCCAGGAGUGCAACGAAGACCUGAAGUGUCCAGAGCGGCGUCGGUGGAGCUGCGCACGGAGCUGAGGAGGGGGUUACGGAGCGGGCCUGGGGCGGGGGGGGCGGCUGGCGCAGGCAGCCCCCGGGGUGGGGGGCGGGGUGGGCGCCGGCGCCGCGAUGCUGGGCGUCGUGGAGCUGCUGCUGCUGGGGGCAGCAUGGCUGGCGGGCCCGGCCCGCGGGCAGAAUGAGACGGAGCCCAUCGUGCUGGAGGGCAAGUGCCUGGUGGUUUGCGACUCCAACCCUACGUCCGAUCCCACGGGUACAGCUCUGGGCAUCUCUGUGCGCUCCGGCAGCGCUAAGGUGGCUUUCUCUGCCAUCAGAAGCACCAACCACGAGCCGUCCGAGAUGAGUAAUCGCACCAUGAUCAUCUACUUCGACCAGGUACUAGUGAACAUCGGGAACAACUUUGAUUCAGAACGCAGCACUUUCAUCGCCCCGCGCAAAGGGAUCUACAGUUUUAACUUCCACGUGGUAAAAGUCUACAACAGACAGACCAUCCAGGUGAGCCUCAUGUUAAACGGGUGGCCGGUGAUUUCAGCCUUCGCUGGUGACCAGGACGUGACCCGGGAAGCCGCCAGCAACGGAGUUCUAAUCCAGAUGGAGAAAGGCGACCGAGCAUACCUCAAGCUGGAGCGGGGAAACUUGAUGGGGGGCUGGAAGUACUCGACCUUCUCGGGAUUCCUCGUAUUUCCCCUCUGACUGGCUCAUCGCGGGAAUGGAGGCAGGGAGAGGGCGAAGGCAGGAGGGGAAAAUGAUAAAGAGGCAGAACUUUAGAGGACGAGAAAGCGGCACGACUUGAAACUUCCUACAUGUUCCCCAGCUGUAUCCGGGUAAAAGGUGCGCACCCGGCGGUCGGACAACUUUGUCCGUUUCCUCUACGAGAAGUAAAUUCCGCUUAGCUCUGCGCACUCCCAUUUCCCAAAAUAAACUCGCCUCCCCCAUUCCAGUGGCAGUAAUCAAGAGAGACUCCUUGUCAUUGUUUCUUACCCUCAUGUUCAUGUUCCCUACAAUUUAUAUAAAAGAAACUUUGCAUUUCACUGUAUAAUGUGAAAUAUCUUCCUCCUCUGAGUCGCCAUCUGAAUCUUUACAACCGCUGAAAUCUAAUAUGUCCCUCCCCCCCUUUUUUAUUUCGGAGAGGGGGGAAGGUUUUUUUGUUUGUUUGGUUUUUGUUUUUUUGAUGGGGAGGUAGUUUUAAUUUGGCAAGUAUUGCUCGGAAAACACCGCUCGAAUUAAUUAGCUGAAGAUACUUUGUAUCCUCGGCUGCUUGUUAGCAGAGAAAGGACUCACCUUAGUGGUGACUGGUUUAAAAAAAAUAUAUAUAUAUAUAUAAAUAUAUAUCAUUUGUACACGAAGAACUCUUCCCAGUGGAAACUGGCUGUAUUUCCGUAUUUCUAUGUCCUAUUCGGAGUGAUCGUGAAAUCUAAGGCUGCUUGACGUUCUGAUGCUUGUUAAUGCCCUCGUGUUCUGUGGCUCCACUAAACGCCAGGAGGUUCUUCCGGACGCUUCCUCGUCCUCUGUAACAUACCUGUGAAUAGCCAAGAUUUAAUUUUGCUUUAAUCCAAUAAAGUUGAAGUGGGACUUUUAUUUUUCUGAAACGGCUUCCUCAAGUCCGCACCUUCCCCAGUUGCGAGGUCUGGAGGCAGGGGUGCGGAAGCGCGAGAUUCAGAGGGGUAGGGGACUUGGUGGGAUGCAACCCAAGAAAGGCCAGGGCAGGAGGGCUUCCUCGCCAAAUCGGCCUGCGCUCCUUCCUGCGCAGGCCUAGGGCCAACCCUGCAUUCGCCCCGUGCUCCCUGCUUUGGCGCAAACGUAAGAAAUUGGGCUGAAAUCUUGCUAGGCCAGGCCCGGCUGCCGGCCUGGAAGCGAAGUUUGGGCUUUUCGCAGUCCAAAUGCAUCAGGAGUAAUCCCAAUUCGAAGAGCCGGAACCUUUCUGCCCUAAGCGUCCCGCUUCCCACGCCUCUGCCUCUGGACUGUCCGCUCAUAGAUCCCGAAGCAGCGUAUGUUUUAUUUCGCCGCCUCUGAAUCCCGAGUCCUCCCUGCCGUAUUACCCCGCCUCCGGGACCUGUGAUCGCGCUCAUCGCAGGACUUUUAUUCAAGAGGUUCGUCCAGGAGUUUUGAUUGUAUCGGAACAUAAUGUGAAAGCAAAAUUGAAAUAAACGACUUCGUUUUAA